UGCGAACACAGCCGGUGUCUCGUGCAGGGGGCGGGCUGGCGUCAGUGUUUCCCGUCUGGAGUCUGACGCACUCCGCCAGCCAAUAAGCUCAUGUAGCACUUCGGCGCCCGAGCCCACUGUGGAGGAACUAGGCAGGAGUUCUUCAAAUAAACAUGGCAGAUGUUGUCGAAGGAGACGGCACUUGCUCCGCUGGUCCUUCCACGCUUCACUCGGCGGCUCGCAACGGCUCCGGCAUGAGCUCGGGGACCUGCGCCGGCGGCAUCGUCGCGACCACGGUCACCUCCGGGCCUCGGCUGGUCCGCAUCGUCAAGUCGGACUCGGGCUAUGGCUUCAACGUCCGCGGGCAAGUAAGCGAAGGAGGGCAACUGAGGAGCAUCAACGGAGAACUUUACGCCCCGCUGCAGCACGUCAGCGCCGUGUUACCGGGCGGCGCGGCAGACCGAGCCGGAAUCUCAAAGGGCGACCGUAUUCUUGAAGUAAAUGGGGUGAAUGUGGAAGGGGCAACUCAUAAGCAGGUGGUAGAUCUCAUCCGAGCAGGAGAGAAAGAGUUAGUCUUGGCCAUCCUGUCGGUUCCUCAGCCAGAGAUGGACAGCCUUGAUCCCGGGGAUGAUGGCUCAUCUCAGUCCUGCUAUGACUACAGCGACAAGCAGGCCGUGCCGAUCUCCGUGCCCACCUACAAACAUAUGGAACAGAACGGAGAGAAGUUUGUAGUCUACAACGUGUACAUGGCAGGCAGGCAGUUGUGCUCAAAGCGUUAUCGGGAGUUUGCCAUCUUGCAUCAGAAUCUGAAGAGGGAAUUUGGAAACUUUGUGUUUCCCAAGCUGCCGGGGAAAUGGCCUUUCUCCCUGUCUGAGCAACAGCUAGACGCUCGCAGGCGAGGGCUGGAGGAAUACUUGGAGAAAGUAUGUUCUGUUCGGGUAAUCGGAGAGAGUGACAUCAUGCAGGAGUUUUUGUCAGAGUCUGAUGAGAAUUAUAAUGGUGUUUCUGAUGUGGAGCUAAGGAUAGCCAUGCCAGACAAAACUACAGUUACGAUCCGGGUGCGAAAGAAUUGUACAACAGACCAGGUCUACCAGGCUGUUGUAACAAAAAUUGGGAUGGACAGCAUUACUGCAAGUUAUUUUGCUCUGUUUGAAGUCAUUAACCACUCCUUUGCACGCAAGCUGGCCCCUAAUGAGUUCCCACAUAAGCUGUAUGUGCAGAACUAUACAUCUGCCAUCCCAGGCACCUGCCUCACACUUCGCAAGUGGCUCUUCACCACAGAAGAAGAGAUUCUGCUCAACGACAAUGAGCUGGCCAUCAACUAUUGCUUUCAUCAGGCUCUGGAUGAUGUGAAAAAGGGAUUCAUCAAAGUGGGAGAGAAAUCCUACCAGCUCCAAAAGCUCAUUGAACAGAGGAAAAUGACCAUGUAUUUAAGUAUUCUGAGGACUUGUGAGGGCUACAAUGAGAUCACUUUCCCGCACUGCUCCUGUGACUCACGUAGGAAAGGUCACGUUGUUACAGCGAUAAGCAUCCACCACUUUAAACUCCAUGCGUGCACCGAGGAUGGCACUCUAGAGAAUCAGGUGAUAGCCUUUGAAUGGUCGGAGAUGCAGAGAUGGGACACGGAUGAAGAGGGAAUGGCUUUCUGUUUUGAGUACGCGCGAGGGGAGAAGAAACCUCGCUGGGUCAAAAUCUUCACUCCAUAUUUCAACUACAUGCACGAGUGCUUCGAGAGAGUCUUCUGUGAGCUCAAAUGGAGAAAAGAGGUUGAGGAGGAGGCCACAGACAAGGACAAUAAGAACUGCAGUAAAGAUGGUAUGUGCGGUAAGAAUAUCUUCCAUCUGUUGAGACACAGAAGGGAUGGAGGCACAUGAACGAAGAGAUCAUCUCCUCUUGAAUUCUGAUACACGCACACGUACACUAAAAGCUGCAUACAGAGACUCAGAAAACAUUUAGAACCAGUCCCAUAUUCUUAAACAUACUCCACUACUGAUACACACUUACUGAAAUAGGAAGAUACGAA